CGCACUCCGUGCCCCCCCCCCCCCCGCCUGAGUGAGCCAGAGUCCCAGAAGCAGCUGCUCCUUUAACCCCGUCCUGUCCGAGCGAACAACAGAUGCCCUCCGGCGACCUACACGCAGAGGCGGGGCCAAAUCCAAAGCUGAGCCCCUGGGAGCUGUGAAAACAAAGAAGAGAAAGGGAAAUCUCUCCCAGCAGCCUCAGAAGCAGCGGAUUAAAGCUCCACAGUCAACUUGAUGUACCCUGCAUCUGUGGAAUACAUGAAUAGACAACGAAUCAUCCCAAAUUGAGGAGGUGGACUUUGAGAGCAAGAUUUAUGAUUUUUUCCCCUUUUCCUCUUUUUGUGAGUGUGUAUGUGUAUGCUUCUGUGUGAGAUUUUGUCUGUAUAGCUUUGCUUCCACCAUUUGUCCUAGGGUUCUAUCCGUCUGUUUUUUUCUUAAUAAUUAUUUUUUAUUUUAAUAACUUUAUUAUAUUUUAUCUUAGUUUAUUUUACUUUAUCUUCUUUCUUUCUUUCUUUUUUCUUCAUUCCCUCCUUCCUUCCUUCCUUCCUUCCUCCCUCCCUCCCUCCCUCCCUCCUUUCUUUCUUUCUUUCUUUCUUUCUUUUUCUUUCUCUCUCUCUCUCUUUCUUUCUUCUUUCUUUCUUUCUUUCUUCUUUCUUUCUUUCUUUCUUUCUUUCUUUCUUUCUUUCUACUUCUACUAAUGCUUUCUUUCUACUUUAUCUCCCUUUUAUUCUGAGCCAUGUGGAUGAAAGGCUCUUGGUGCUGCAGUCAGGAGUCAGUGCUGUGCCUCUGAGGUGGGAGAGAUAACUUCAGGACACUGGUCCACAAGAGACCUCCCAGCUCCACAUAAUAUCAAAUGGCAGAAAUCUCCCAGAGAUCUCCAUCUCAACACCAGCACCCAGCUUCACUCAACGACCAGCAAGCUACAGUGCUGGACAUCCUAUGCCAAACAACUAGCAAGACAGGAACACAACCCCACCCAUUAGCAGAGAGGCUGCCUAAAAUCAUAAGUACACAGACACCCCAAAACACACCACCAGACGUGGACCUGCCCACCAGAAAGACAAGAUCCAGCCUCAGCCACCAGGACACAGGCACUAGUCCCCUCCACCAGAAAGCCUACACAACCCACUGAACCAACAUUAGCCACUGGGGACAGACACCAAAAACAACAGGAACUACGAACCUGCAGCCUGCAAAAAGGAGACCCCAAACGCAGUAAGAUAAGCAAAAUGAGAAGACAGAAAAACACACAGCAGAUGAAGGAGCAAGAUAAAAACCCAUCAGACCUAACAAAUGAAGAGGAAAUAGGCAGUCUACCUGAAAAAGAAUUCAGAAUAAUGAUAGUAAAGGUGAUCCAAAAUCUUGGAAAUAGAAUGGACAAAAUGCAAGAAACAUUUAACAAGGACCUAGAAGAACUAAAGAUGAAACAAACAAUGAAGAACAACACAAUAAAUGAAAUGAAAAAUACUCUAGAUGGGAUCAGUAGCAGAAUAACUGAGGCAGAAGAACGGAUAAGUGACCUGGAAGAUAAAAUAGUGGAAAUAACUACUGCAGAGCAGAAUAAAGAAAAAAGAAUGAAAAGAACUGAGGACAGUCUCAGAGACCUCUGGGACAACAUUAAAUGCCCCAACAUUCGAAUUAUGGGGGUUCCAGAAGAAGAAGAGAAAAAGAAAGGGACUGAGAAAAUAUUUGAAGAGAUUAUAGUUGAAAACUUCCCUAAUAUGGGAAAGGAAAUAGUUAAUCAAGUCCAGGAAGCACAGAGAGUCCCAUACAGGAUAAAUCCAAGGAGAAACACGCCAAGACACAUAUUAAUCAAACUGUCAAAAAUUAAAUACAAAGAAAACAUAUUAAAAGCAGCAAGGGAAAAACAACAAAUAACACACAAGGGAAUCCCCAUAAGGUUAACAGCUGAUCUUUCAGCAGAAACUCUGCAAGCCAGAAGGGACUGGCAGGACAUAUUGAAAGUGAUGAAGGAAAACAAUGUGCAACCAAGAUUACUCUACCCAGCAAGGAUCUCAUUCAGAUUUGAUGGAGAAAUUAAAACCUUUACAGACAAGCAAAAGCUGUGAGAGUUCAGCACCACCAAACCAGCUUUACAACAACUGCUAAAGGAACUUCUCUAGGCGAGAAACACAAGGAGAAGGAAAAGACCUACAAUAACAAACCCAAAACAAUUAAGAAAAUGGGAAUAGGAACAUACAUAUCGAUAAUUACCUUAAAUGUAAAUGGAUUAAAUGCUCCCACCAAAAGACACAGAUUGGCUGAAUGGAUACAAAAACAAGACCCAUAUAUUUGCUGUCUACAAGAGACCCACUUCAGACCUAGAGACACAUACAGACUGAAAGUAAGGGGAUGGAAAAAGAUAUUUCAUGCAAAUGGAAACCAAAAGAAAGCUGGAGUAGCAACUCUCAUAUCAGACAAAAUAGGCUUUAAAGACUAUUAGAAGAGACAAAGAAGGAAACUACAUAAUGAUCAAGGGAUCGAUCCAAGAAGAAGAUAUAACAAUUGUAAAUAUUUAUGGACCCCACAUAGGGGCACCUCAAUACAUAAGGCAAAUACUAACAGCCAUAAAAGGGGAAAUCGACAGUAACACAUUCACAGUAGGGGACUUUAACACCGUACUUUCACCAAUGGACAGAUCAUCCAAAAUGAAAAUAAAUAAGGAAACACAAGCUUUAAAUGAUACAUUAAACAUGUAUAUGUAUAACUGAUUCACUUUGUUAUAAAACAGAAACUAAUACACCAUUGUAAAGCAAUUAUACUCCAAUAAAGAUGUAAAAAAAUAAAUAAAAGACUCCAAGAAAGUAUAAUUGGGAAAUAAAUGCAUAAUAAAUGUCAAUUAAAAGUAAUUAAUUAUAAAAAUAAAAAGCAAGGAAAAAAAACCUAGUUAUUCAGAAGCCAGGUAGGGGCUAAAUCCACUUCAGUUUUAGUCAGAAACUGGCUGAGGUAGAAUCCAGGGCCUAAGCAUUUUAAAGCCUAGUUAUUCAGAAGCCAGGUAGAGCCUAAAUGUAAAGUUUUAGUCAGAAACUAACUGAGGUGCAAAUUAGGGCCUAAGUAUUUUAAAGCCUAGUUUUUUAGAAGCAAGGUAGGGCCUAAAUAUAGUUAAGUUUUAGAAACUUACUGGGGUACAAAUCAGGGCCUAUGCUUAUUAGAACAUAGUCAGAUCCAAGUUAAGUUUUAGCCAGAGUUUUGUCAAGUUAUAGCCAGGGCCUAAACCCAUUUAAAACUUAGCCAGCAUGGUUAAAAUCUGUUCAGAAUAUGUUUAGGACUAGCCAUGGCCUAAGCCUAGCUUAUGUUUAGUCAGAGCCGUUAGGGCCUAAAUCCACCUAAGUUUUAGUCAGAAACAGCUGAGGUAGAAUCCAGAGCCUAAGCAUUUUAAAGCCUAGUCAGAGCUGAGUUAAGGCUUAGCCAGAGUCUUUUUAAAAUACAGCCAGGCCCUAAACCCAGUUAAGGUAACCAACAUGGUGAAGAUCGCCUCAGAGUAUGUUAAGGACUAGCCAUGGCCCAAACCUAGUUUACGUGUAGUCAGAGCCCAGUUAGGGCCUAAAUCUACUUAAAUUUUCGUCAGAAACUAGUCAGGGGUAGAAUCCAGGGCCUAAGCAUGUUAGAGCCUAGUCAGAGCCGAGUUAAGUUUUAGCCAGAGUCUUGUCAAGCUAUAGCCAAGGCCUAAGCUUACUUAAGGCUUAUUCAUCCUAGUUAAAGUUUAGCCAGUCCAGUUAAGGUCUAAUCAGGCAUAAGCUUAGUUAAGUCCUAGUCACAGCCUAUUUAGCCUACUCAGGGACUAAGCCUAGUUUACAUCUAUUCAGAGACUAUUUAAGGCCUAGCUGGGACCUAAGUCUAGAGGAGGCAUAAUCAGAGUCUCAUUUAAGGUGUAGCAAGGGCCUGAGCCUUUUUAAAGCCUAUUUAGCCCAGUUAAGUCCCAUAAGGGGCUAAACUUAGUUAUGUCCUAGUUAGAGUGUAAUUACAGCUUAACCAGGGGUAAGCCUAGUUAAUGCCUAGUCAGAGUAUAGCUGAGGCUAAGCCAGGGCCUAAGUCUAGUUAAGGCCUAGUCUUCCCAGUUAAGGCCUAUUCAGGCCCUUGACUUUGUUAAGGGCUAAUCGAGACUUAGGGUAACCAACUCUUUCCAAUUUGCCCAAGAUUUUCCAUAUUUAGUGCUGAAAGUGCUAGGCCCUGGAAAAUCCUUUGGUCCCUGGCAAACCAGAUUGGUUGGUCACUCUAGUCAAGACUUUUUAAAGAAAACUUUUCUUUGCCUUGGAGUUUAUAGUUUAUAAAGCAUUAUUUCAACAGUAUUUGAUUAUUGCAGCAUCCAUUUGAGAUAGGUGUCAUCAUCAUCCCCAUUAUAUAGACGAAUAAACUCAGGUUUAGAGAGAAUAAGUGCCUUCCUCAAUGGCAUAUAGUGAAUAAGUAUCAGGGAUAGAGUUUAUAUCUAUGUUUGAAUUCACAAGCCAUGCUCCUAUUUUUUUAAACUAAACAGGCAUCUCCCCAUAAUUAAACAUUGUCUAAAUCAGAAAAGUAAUACUUGCUUAAGAAAUUAUCAUCAUCCUAUUUUCAGAUCAGGAAAGUGAGUCACAGUGAGUCACAGUGAGCUUAAGCGACCUGCCCAAGUUGUGACAGGAGCAUUCACAUCCCAUUUGAAAGCGAAAGUCCAGUAAACAUUUGAUAGGCAUAACCUUGACCCUCUCAUCCAUCUUGGCUCUGUCACAGAUCUGCUUUUCUCUUUUCUCUUGGCUGUGGCAAUCUGUCUGAUGGUCAUUAUAAUAGCAGUUCACUACCAACACAAACAAGAGAACCACAUGUAAAUUUUGUGGAAGGUUCACCAAAUUUAUCAAAAGGUACUGUAGGACCACUGGCCUCAUUCUGUACUUGAUCAUCAUCAUCAUCAUCAUAUUAACAGCCUCAUUUCUCAACCAAACCAACCACAGAACCAUUGCCAGCUCCAUAGGAUCCAUUGUCACCAAGAGCCCAUUUACUACAACUUUUAGUAAUAUUUUAUCUACUGAGGAAAGCACAGAGGAAUGGAGUCUGUGUCAACCCCUGUACUAGUUGGUGGACUUGUUGAUUGUGUAGCCCAGUUAGUUAGAAUAGCUGAAGAGCUUCUACGGUUGAUUUCACAAGAACCAGUUCCUUGUGAAGAGCAAGAUGACAGAGCAGAACAGAUAGAAACAGAUGCACCUCUUUCCGAGGAAGCUUCACUACCAGACCUUGCUGAUCUCCCAGACUUAGAAUCGAUACUUACACAAAGAGAAGACGAAGACUUAACCUUUGAUACAGAUCAACCUAUGUUAGACACAGAAUUAUAUGAAGAAGCACUCUCUAGUAUUAACAAUGACUUAAGUAGAUAAAACCUCAUUUGCCUCCACCAGCAUGUGAAAACUGAUCAUUUCUCUGUGUCAAAUAUAUUCUAAUUUUUCGGGAUGUUAGCAAUAACAGUUUUUCUCCAAGUUUUGCCCAGGUUCAUUACUAAUCUAUUAUAGAACAAGCACUAUUUGAUUGGCUUCUGGCAGAGGCUGGUCUCUUUUCUUCUUUGUAUUUAUUUAUACGAAAAGCUCUGACUUUAGCAGUAGGGUUCUUUCUUUACCUGUACUUGUUCUCCUGUUAGGAUUCCUGAUAAUAGGAGCAAACACUAGCAAAGAAAAGAAACUCCUUACCUAACAAUAGAGUGAAGACCUGAUGAACUCUAUCACAUCUUGGGACCCAAUUUCACCAUUCUACAAUGAGUGGAAACUAAAAGGGGAAUAUCCUCCAGGAUGGCAGUAUAGUGAAUACAGUCACAUUAAUAGGACAAUAUUGGGGCACUUUUACUUGAAAAGAUAGAACUACUUACUAGGCCUUUCGGACAGAAUGUGUCAGCCAAAGGAUGCUGUAGUAGACUGGGGGAAAUAAUUCUAAAAAUCAGCCAUCUACCAGAUAAUAAAACUGCAGAAAGCUUUACAGAUAACUUUUGCCUGGGAGAAACCUUUGAAAAAGCUGAGGCCAGGAAGUUCCAAUACAGGACUGUUCCCUCAAAUGCUGACCCAUAUCACAACUACUCUGCAACAUUGUUGCUCAAAUGGAAAUGGCAAGUUACACCAAAUAACAACCGGAGAGAAGUACUAGUACUAGAAGGGCUAGACAAAGCCCUAACAAGGACUAUUUGCCUAUGGAAAAGUCAAACACUUAUGGCAUAGGCUUAGAGAUGAUGGUCCACAAGUAGAAGCAGAUAAAGUACACCUUCUUGGGUAUAACUACAUUUAUAAAGAAUAGCUGAUAGGCUUAUUAUAAGGGAAACUGCUUCAACCUUGACAGAAAUCUUUACUACUGAGAAACGGGAGCAAUAAUGAUUUUAAACAAAAUGUGGACUGGUUAUACCCACAGUAAUUCUACAGCUACCAGAGGGGGGAAAUGCAAUAGUUGGAAGACCCCCAUAUCAAAACAGAGAGGGACUAAAUACACAUUCAGGAAAUUCACUGAUCAUACUAAUUGCAUGCCAUAGGGUACCCUUACUUCCAUUUGGAAGAAUAGCUACCUUUCAUACAAGCCUGUGGACAUUACGGUCCUUCUUCCUAGAGAAUGGCCUUUGCAUCUUACAAUAUGGGCAACAACUAGGUAAAGACAUAGAAGUAUACCAUUAGACAAAGUGAUAUAUGAAAAUUGUGAAGAAAUGACAUGUAGAAGUCAAUCCACAUUCGUGGGAAACCAGAUUAUACCAAUUUACAUAGAGUCCUAAAGUAUAUUAUAGUCAAAGGGAUUAAAAAGACUUUUAAUACAGAUGGAUUCAGAGCUAACCAACAUGACAGAUGCUGCAUCUAAUACUAAGUGAGCUCUGCAUACACAGAUUAUUAGCUACCUUUAAAGGUAAAUGGGGAAAAUUAUAGACUGUAUAACCAGGUCUUAUUUGGAUGAGCAGUAGCAGGAGAAACAUAAGUCAGUUUUGCCACUGAAUUUCAGGAUAAGUUUAUUUAACAAAUUUAAGAAAGAGAUAGCUAAUAGCCAAGGCAUGGAAGCAACCUAAAUGUCCAUCGACAGAUGAAUGAAUAAAGAAGAUGUGGUGGGAGGGGGAUGAGGGAGGGAAGGACUAGGAGUUUGGGAUUAGUAUAUGUAAACUAUUACAUAUAGGAUGGAUAAACAACAAGGUCCUACUGUAUAGCACAGGGAACAGAGAAGUGUAUUCAGUAUCUUGUAAUGACCUGUAAUGAAAAAGAAUAUAUAUGUAUUACUGAAUCAGUUUGCUGUACACCAGAAACUAACACAACAUUGUAAAGCAACUAUACUUCAAUAAAAGUUAAAAAAAGAUUGCUGUAUCAAGAAAAGCUACAGACUCCUUUUUUUACUUUUUUUUUACACAGACUCUUUAAUUGAAAUAUAGUUGCUGUACAAUAUUAUAUGUUACAGGUAUACAAUAUAGUGAUUCCCAAUUUUUAAAGGUUAUACUCCAUUUAUAGAUAUUAUAAAAUAUUGGCUAUAUUCCCUGUGCUGUACAAUAUAUCCUUGUAGCUUAUUUUACACCUAAUGGUUUAUACCUCUUACUCUUCUACCACUAUCUUGCCCCUUCCCUCUCCCAUCUCCCCACUGGUAACCACUCUAUAUCUGUGAGUCUGCUUCUGUUUUUUUAUAUUCACUAGUUUGUUGUAUUUUUAGAGACCAUUUUGAAAAUCAGAAGAACUUAUGGAGCUACUGAAAAAUAUUAGUAUGAGAAAGUUUCACAGUACACUGCUACGUGGGAAGAUUGAUAGAGUAGGUGAGGAUCCAGGAGACUUAGAGGGGUGAACAAAGACACAAAGAGUAGAAAUAAAAGUUAUAUUACAAGCAACUACUGUGGAUAAUUACAAGCCAUACUAGACAGCAGAUUGAGGGACUUUACUGCUGCAAUAACUGGACAAACUGGGCCUUACUUGCCCAGGGUAGGCCACUCUGUACACUAUGUCCAAAGUGGUAAAUAAUAGAUGCAGUGCAAAGGAACUAUGCCGAUUAACCUAAAUAGAGCAGUGGGAAAACAAGAAGUAACCAUUUAUCCCACCAUUCCAAUAGGAGCAGUUUUAUAAGGAAAAAUAGUGAUUAGAGUUAAAUAAGGAAAUCUAUAUAUGUAGCAACCAAGAAGAAGAAUAACAGAGUACCUGGAUAAAAGUUAAAAGAUAGAAUCUAUGCUUUAAUUAAAGGUUUAGAAACAGUCAGGGAAGAUAUACACUCUCCACUAGAAAUUUGGACUUCAGGAAAUUGGGCUAUAACUUUGUGUCAAAAUGAAACUCAAGGCAUAAAUACUUGUGCAAGAUCAGGAAACAUAUCCAAGGAGAGAACAUCAAUCUGCUGUGAAUUCUAUUUGAUGAGCAAUUUAACUGUAAAUGGAAAGAUCUGGUACACCUCAAAUAAGAUGGAUACUGAAGGGUAGCUAUUCUUCCAAGUAGAACUCUAGAAUAUGGACUUCAUAACAAUUCCACAACAGAUUAGUGAGCCUGUUAAAAUUGUUAGUAGUAAUGAGAGAACACAAUCAACCAUACUUACUCAAGCAAGUCAUCAAAAUACAUCAAAAGAAAUCUGUGAGACUACUCCAGACAUUGAAACAAGAUAAAGCUUGAACCAGCCUAUAAAACACAUAAUAGUCAACAUGGUCCUUAGGUGUCAAACGGGAAGGUGCUACAACAGUGUAAUAUGUGGAACUAUCUAGCCUCUUGGCUAGAUGGGUUCACCUGGAAAGAUUAUACUAUAAUGGCACCUUGGGAUUAGAUAAAAUAUAUUGCAAUGUUUGCUUUGAUUGUGUGAUUAUAUGUUUUUGAAUUGUUAAGAUUGUUACCUUGCUCCAAGCAAUGGAUUGUUGUAUUAAGUAUGUUUGCUCUUACAGAACAGAAUUAAAAGUAAAGUUAAUAGUGAUAAGAAAUAAGUGCAGGAAGUAAGAACAUACUUAGGAAUAAGAGCUAGUAGGGAAGGUAUUUUUAGGAGAGAGAAGAAAAGUAACAAGUCGUCAACAGUUAUGCAGUUUAUGGUGGAAAACCAUGGUAUAGAGUUAGUUCCUAAUCGCAUUUAUGAACCAAGCCUUGUUUUUGUCAUACGCAAAUUAGACAACCCUAAGUUGUUAAUAUUGAUAGAAAUAAUUGGUUGGCAAUUGACACAGGUCAUGCACUUAAAAGCCCAGUUAGAGGAAGAUGGAUUAACUAACUUGGCAGUCCACUGAUUGGAUACCUCUGAUUGGAAUCCUGUGUCUCCCCUCCAGUCCUUUAUCCAAACUUUUCUGGAUCUUCCUGAGAACAACACCAAAGUCAAUUCUUGUAUGGCAUGGAGGGAUAGAGAGGGGGAUAGGCUCACCAUUCUAAGACAAAUUUAAGGUGUGAAAACUAAGGGAGAUAGGCUGGUAGAUUGCAGUGAAUUAGGAAGCAUCUAAUUCUUCAUCCCUGUGUGCUUUGGCUAAAUGUGUGGGAAGUUGUAACUACAUAAGUUGCAUUCUUUUUUUAUUUUUUAUUAUUUUUUAGUUGUAUUCUUAUGUAUGAUGAUUACUGCUAGUUAUUAGAUUAUAACUGAAUAUAGUCCUUAUUAGCUAUUGGUCCAUACCAUUUUAUUGUUACGUGUUUUAACAAAUUUUAACUAAUAAACUUUCAUUCACAAAUCAAAGAACUUGGGGUCAUCUUAAAUUACCUGGUGGUGAAUUUGGAGGCUACCAAACCAGCAUAAAAGAACUCCUCUCAACAGAAGGUGGAAUAUACUCAGAGAAAGUAUUAUACCAGGAAUCUGAAGUUCUUCUGGCUUUGUCAGAUAGAUAGUCUUAACACAUCUCUGAAAUAUAGUUCUUUCCUGUUUGUUAAAUGAUAGUUAUAACUUUUUUGCCUACCUUCAAUGGUAAUAAGGAACACACAAAAUGAUAUAGUUUUCAAAGACUUUGGUUGAUGUAUCUGACAAUGGGAAAGAAUACAUGAAAUCAGAACUUUUUAGGAAUAGCUGAAAAAUGUCUAUAUGAAAAUACCUGAAAAUCUAUGUGACGUGUAAGGAUUAUCCAAUAGUUUUAUACCUGUUUUCUAAGAGAUUAGAGCUUCCUUAUUUUACUCGAUGUCGAACUUAUAGUUGGAAUCAGUUUUUGUUUCAUUCUUUUGAGCUUUUUUUUCCCCACCAAGUUAACUUCUUCUUGGGAGCCUACUCAGUUCUUCUAGGAAUAAUAAUGAGGAAAAAACAACAAUGAAAAAGCCACCUUUCAAGAAAUAGUGAAUUAUAUUCCAUUUAAGGCUAAGAUUUUGUUCCUGAGGAAGUUAUGUAACUCUGCACAUUAUUAACCCACUAUUAUCCAACUAGAUUUAUUUUUUACAGCAAAGCUGACUAUUGUGUUCUUGUAUUGACAG